ACUGCAAUAGUAUAUUGGUCAUUAGUUUAAAUUGUUAUAACCUUAAAAAAUACAAAGGAAUUAUAAUAAAUGCAAUCUAAAUUAAAUUUAUAUUUGAAAUCUAAUAAUUUUAAGCUUGCUAUUCUGAGGUCUGACGUCCAGGUUGAAGCUCCGGUUAUGUUGAUGUAUUCGUACGAAUAUCGUGGAACAAUGUAUCGAUCAAACAGUUAUUAACGAUUAUAGCUUGAUCUUUUCUGUGCCGAUGGUGCCUUGAUUCCACUCCGGGAUUUAUUUAGUACAGUUUUAUUAGCUUAAGAUGGAAGAAGGCUUGACGAAAAAAUAGAGAGGUAGCCUUGACUUGGUAUAAGAAAAUUGUCAGAGCAGUGGGAUUCCAAACGAAUCCGAAAAUGUUCAAGAAUACCUUCCAAAGUGGUUUUCUAUCCAUUCUGUAUAGCAUCGGCAGCAAGCCCCUACAAAUCUGGGACAAGAAAGUGAGGAAUGGACAUAUCAAGAGGAUCACUGACAAUGAUAUUCAAAGCCUUGUUUUGGAGAUACUAGGCAGCAACGUUAGCACAACGUAUAUCACAUGUCCUGCAGAUCCAAGGAAGACUUUAGGCAUAAAGUUGCCCUUUUUGGUAAUGAUUAUCAAGAAUCUAAAGAAGUAUUUCACAUUUGAGGUUCAGAUAAUUGACGACAAAAAUGUACGUCGCAGAUUUCGUGCGAGUAAUUAUCAAUCAACAACGAGAGUGAAACCAUUCAUAUGUACAAUGCCAAUGAGACUGGACGAUGGAUGGAAUCAAAUACAAUUCAAUUUGGCUGACUUCACACGCCGUGCCUACGGAACGAAUUAUGUGGAAACACUGAGGGUCCAAAUUCAUGCUAAUUGUAGGAUACGGCGAGUGUACUUUUCGGAUCGAUUAUACUCAGAGGAUGAAUUGCCAGCAGAAUUUAAAUUAUUCUUGCCCAUUCAAAAUAAGGCAAAAUGUGUGUCAUCAGAGGACAAAUUUUCAAAAAUGGUUUGUUCUAUGUGUAUCAAGAGACUGGAGGGUGUCCAUCGUUUCGCAAUGAUGGCAUACCGUACCCAAGAGAAGUUGAGAUCACAGCUUUAUGGUAACAUUGACAAUACGAAUCCUGUACAAGAAGAUGAGAUACAGAAUAUUAAAGACAUACAAGAUACUGUAAAAAAGGCGGAAGAUCGAGGGCUAUUGCAUUCGAUAUUGACAAAGGGUGCGAUAGAAAUUUUAACUGAGGACGAGCCACUGGGAUCACAGGAAUCAAAUUUUCAAGAGGUCAAACGUUGUACUCCCAACAUGGAGGAAAUGGAGCUGAGUAUGCUUGCUUAUAUAUCUUAUUUUUUUUAUAGAAACACUGAAGUGGAAGACGAAGAAAAGAAAGAUGAAAGUGAAUCUAAAUCACACGAAGACAGUGAAAAAAUUAUAUCCAAUUUAUCAGAGAAACCGCAUGAAUGUACAAUAUGUACCCGAUCUUUUAUAUCGCAAAUUGGCUUGCAAAAUCACUUGUGGUCGCAUUUACCCAAAGAGAGAAGAUUCGAUGGAAAGCCUAUUUUACAAUCUCAACACGUUUAUUCUAUAAAUGGUGUACUUCACACGAAUAGUGAUAACAAUUCGUCCAGCAACUUCAUCUGUCCAAUUUGCAGUAAAAAGAUUUCUACAAAGGGAAAUCUGAAAGUGCAUUUAGAGACUCACAGGCCUAAAGGAAAGUACGGCUGCGACAUAUGUGGAAGAAUUUUUAAAACUCAAUCGAAUCUGUUCAGACACAAGGAGUACCACAGCGGCGUACAAUUUCCAUGUAAUGUAUGUGGGAGAGUGUAUCCAACGAAUUCGACGUUACGCGCCCACAGCAUAACGCAUUCGGACUUGAGACCGCACGCAUGCCCGCUUUGUGAUAAGACAUUCAAGCGAAAUCAGGAUUUAAAAUUCCACAUAAAUCAGCACACAGGUGCGAGGCCUUAUCAGUGUCCUUACUGUCCGAAAGCUUUCGCGAGCUCCGGCAAUUGUUUUUCACAUCGUAAAAGAAUGCAUCCCCGGGAAGUCCAUCGAGAUCGACAAAGAGCGGCGGAUUUAAUGAGAUGAACCAUGGGCAGUCAAUAUGAGGACUGGUCUUAGAAUUUUGGAUAAAUGUUCUGCCGAGGUGAUCGUAUAUUGAUCAUAUAUUAGUAUCUCGUAAUGUAAACUUUAUUU